CAUUGCAUUGUCGUGUAUGGAGCAGAAUCGUCUCUCCACCACAGUACAGAAUUCUUAUAAGUACGCUUGGAAAAGUAGUUUGACCAAAGAAUUCAGGUAACUCAGUUAAAGAGAACAAUCAAAUAACUGGAAAGAAAUGUAGGCAUAGUAAUAUCUGAUAUCCAGCUGGUCAUGCUUCAAGCUGUAAUUUUUGAAUUAAAUCGGAUGCAUUUUACAUUUUGCUCAUAUCAGGAGAAAAGUCUAAAGGAGAGAAACAGCGCAGGAGUUGUUUAUCAUAUUGUGAAUGAAGGACCGUUGAAAGACUUCUGCAACAGAACUGUAAAUUCAUUCAGAUUUGAAUUAAGCGGCAAAGAUUUCAAUUUGCUCCUUUUUUUAAAAUCUCAGUAGGUAAAACAAGAAAGUACGUUUUGUUCUGAAAACGUCUAAAGUUUAAUGACUACUAACGUAGAUAUCAAAGGCAGAAUAUACAGUGGGACUUUGAGUUAUAAAAGGAGUCCCUGAGGCUUGACUGCAGCAUCAUUCCAUGAGCAAUACAGACAGAACCACCAGUAAUGGCAAGAGGCUACUACAUCAGCCAAACUUUGGCUGCAGUGACAUUAUUGCUAGCUGUCAUCUCAGUUGCUUUGAACAUUGGGCUGGGCUUAUUAUAUGUCAAUGAAAAAGCCAAACACCAAGACAAGUUUAUUCCAACACAGCUGCCCACAUUCAAUGCUACUUUCACUUCAAACAACUUCCCUAUUGCAGAAUCUGGAGCUGCAGAAAAUGAUACAGAGCCAAUUCAGGACAACAAAUGGGACAGAAUCCGCCUGCCAGAGUCUCUGAAACCUUUAGAUUAUGAUGUGAUAUUGCAUCCUCACUUGGAGAAUGCACAAAACAUCUACAUUUUUGACGGGAAUAGCACCGUGACAUUUGAGUGCCUGAGUGAGACAGAUUAUAUCCUGAUUCACAGUAGCAAACUGAAUUACACAAUGCAGAAUGGAUUCCAUGCAGUGCUGAGCAGUCUGAAUACCACAACUCCUGUACCUGUCAUAAAUAACAGUUUUCUGCAAGAAAAGAACCAAUAUCUUGUUCUGGAGCUCAAUGGGCAUCUUAAAAAAGGCACCAUUUAUACAUUAUUCACAGAGUUUACAGGAGAGCUGGCAUAUGAUUUGUCUGGGUUCUACAGAAGUGAAUACAAAGAAAAUGGCACAGAAAGAGUUCUUGCCACAACCCAGAUGCAGCCUACAGAUGCCAGAAAGGUAUUUCCCUGCUUUGAUGAACCAGCCAUGAAAGCCAUAUUUAGAGUUACACUUAUACACAAACCAAAGUUCACAGCACUGUCCAAUCAGCCAGUUGAAAGUACAAGACAGGAACAAAUUAAUGGCUCAACAUGGAACAUCACACAGUUUUACCCAACAAAGAAAAUGUCAACUUACCUACUGGCUUUUGUUAUUGGUGAUUUUGCAUGCAUUGGGAACACAGAAGGAGGAGUUCUGAUUCGUAUUUGGGGUCGGAAAGAAGCAAUCCAGAAUGGAUAUGGAAACUAUGCUCUGAAUGUAACCGGACCAGUUCUUAAGUAUUUUGAGAGAUAUUACAACACAUCUUACCCUCUGAAAAAGUCAGAUCAAAUUGCCCUCCCGGAUUUUGCAGCUGGUGCAAUGGAGAACUGGGGAUUAAUUACUUAUCGAGAAACUUCCCUCCUAUAUGAUCCAGCAACUUCUUCUGUAAAAACCCGAGAAUGGGUUACAAUAGUCAUUGCACAUGAGUUAGCUCAUCAGUGGUUUGGAAACCUUGUGACUGUAAAAUGGUGGAAUGAUCUCUGGCUUAAUGAAGGUUUUGCAACUUACGUCUCAUACCUUGGAGCAGACUUCAUUGAACCAAGUUGGAAUAUUAAAGCACUUUUUGUGACAAACGUGGUGGACACUGCUAUGGAAGUCGAUGCGUUGGCAACCUCUCAUCCUCUGUCAUCCAAAGAAGAAGAAGUUAACACUCCAGAAGAAAUCAAACAACUAUUCAAUGAUAUCUCCUACAACAAGGGAGCUGCAGUUAUAAUGAUGUUAUCAAACUUCUUAACAGAGCCAUUGUUUGUAAAAGGUCUCAGUACCUACCUCAAUACAUUUGCUUUUGGAAAUACAAUACAUGAUGACCUUUGGACUAAUCUUCAGAAGGUUGUAGAUGCUCAAAACACUAUUUCCCUUCCCAAAAGUAUUAAAGAAAUUAUGGAUACCUGGACACUGCAGAUGGGAUUCCCUGUAGUAACUGUUAACACAACAAAUGGUGAAAUCUCACAGAGACAUUUUUUGUUCAACCCUGAAUCUGUUGUCAGUCGACCUUCAAAAUUUAACUAUACCUGGAUUGUCCCUGUUACUUGGAUGAAAGGCUUAAGUUCUGCCAAUCGUUAUUGGUUGGAGAAUUCUUCAGCUAUAAAUCCUUCAUUCCAAGUGAAUAAUGACUGGUUACUGCUGAAUAUCAAUAUGACAGGUUACUACAGAGUUAAUUAUGAUACAGGAAACUGGGAAAGACUUUUAAAUCAGCUGAAUACCAACCACAGUGUAAUUCCAGUCAUCAAUCGGGCUCAGAUAAUAACUGAUGCAUUUAACCUGGCAAGGGCUAAACAUAUUCCAGUAGCACUAGCCCUGAACACUUCAAGAUACCUCAUUUUAGAAACAGAGUAUCUGCCUUGGCAAUCUUUCCGAAAAAAUAUAGACUACUUCAAUUUAAUGUUUGAUCGCACUGAAGUCUAUGGACCCAUGAAGAGAUACAUGCGAAAACAGAUAUUUCCUUUAUUCAAGCACUUCCAAAAUAGUACAGAUAUGUGGACUAAACUACCAAAGACCCGCAUGGAACAAGAUAACCAAGUUUACACCCUUCAGAUGGCCUGCUAUUAUGGACUACCAGAAUGUACAUCAGUUGUUUUAGAUCUGUUUCGGAAGUGGAUGAAGAACUCAGAGAACAACCCGAUCCUCCCUAGCCUGAGAGUAGUGGUGUACUGUUACGGCAUAGCUUCAGGAGGAGAAGAGGAGUGGGAGUUUGCCUGGCGGAUGUUUAAAAACACAAGCAUUGGAUUAGAGGCCGAUAAGCUUAGGGCAGUCUUGUCCUGCACUAAGGAGCCCGGUCUCUUAAACAGAUAUCUUGCUUAUACUUUGGAUCCUGAGAAAAUUAGAAAACAAGAUGCAAUGAACACUAUUGUAUAUAUUUCAGUCAAUCCAUAUGGUCAUAACUUAGCUUGGGACUUCAUCCGUGCCAAAUGGAAAUACAUCAUCACUACGUUUGGAGACAAUGCCUUUGCCAUUGCAAACUUAAUUCAAUCAGUAACAAGAAGAUUUUCAUCUGAGUUUGACAUGCAACAGCUGCAACAGUUUAAAAAAGGCAAUGAAGAUACAGGUUUUGCUUCUGGGGCUCAUGCUAUAGAACAAGCCUUGGAAAGAACCAAAGCCAAUGUCCAGUGGAUGAAAAAAAACAGGGAUGAUGUCCUCAACUGGUUUUUACAUGCCUCCUAGAAGCAACUCAGUUUUAUAAAGGCCUAUGCAAUAUGAACAUGACAAUUACUCAUCUAGGUCCCAUCCCUUAGUCGUAUUCAAUAAAUUAUAAAGUAGUGCCCUCAUUAGUAUUAAUAUAUGGUGCAUGUUAAAUACUGGACAUUUUAUAGUUGUACUAAAGGUAUAUAUUUCUUUGUAACUGAGGUGAUUGUUGUUUAACCACUGUGAAAAUAAAGGAUUAGCCAAUAGAAAUGCAGCUUUAGUUCCUAUUUCAGAUAUAUUUUAGCGCAUCUUAAAUCACAAUUGCUUUGAAAUGUAAUUAAAAUUAUGUAGUCCUGAUUUAAUAUUUUUGGUAAGCUAAUGUAUAAUGUUGUCCUUAUUUCAAUCAUUUAGAAAUAAUCUUCAGAACAAUAAUCUACCUCCUUGGUUUCAUGUGCUUGAUUUGGCAGAAUUAGUGUUAGUGAAUACUGAUUCAAAAACAGAAAUGUAUUAAUACUUGGAGAAUGAAAAUGCAGUGUCUCUCUUCUAAGAUUAUAGUACUUAUCUUUCAUCCUCUGCAGCUGACAAUCAGUAGUCUUGUACCUCCUUUCCUUUUUCACUGGUUCUACCAGAUCAUCCAUACCUUCCUCUGAGCUCAAUACAACCCUAGUCCAGGGCCAGACAGGAGAUGAAGGACACUGGUGCAGUCUCAUGCUGCAUGCUGGGGAGAGUGCCCUAUCUCCUGUUCCCUUGUGGCUACCUUGGCAGCUCCACUAUCACUGCCCUCGGGAGUUGCAUGCAGGCUUCAAAGCCUAUAAAACCUCCUGACUGAGAGUCACACUUUUAAUGAAGCAGCACACAGUUGUUCAUGCCCAUACACCACAUAUUGCAGCAAGUCUUUUAGCACAUCAGCCACACACACACUCCAUCCUCUCUCUAUGGCCCAUCCAGCAACCAUGCUGCUAAUCAAACACGGGCCAUCUGGUAUGCAGUAAGGGUUCUGUCCUUCUGUGCCAUGGACCCACUCAUGCAAUUAGUACUUUUUGACACACAUUGCUGUGGGAAGGGAUUUCAUCCUCCCCACUAUGCAAUGACCUCAUUGUAAGAAUUAGUAAAGCAUCUUCUUUACUAAGGUGGGAGGCACUACAUUCAUUACCAGAGAUCAUUCUCUUGUUUGCCAGUACCUGAUUGUUAACUCAUUUGGUGCCAGCAAAUAAGGCAUCAACAACAUAUAUUCUUCAUGUUUAGUUUCAAAAUUUGCUGUAAUUCUUAACUUUUUGUCUAAUAUCAGGGCUAUUUCAAAACAGUUACUCAGAUCAAAUUAGUCUUAAAUGUUUUUUUAAAGCGCAGACACAAACAGUCGACAUUUUAAGGUAGCGAGUUUACAAUUACAGUAUAUUUUGGAUUUUAAUUACCAUUACCUACAUGUACAGCUUUCCACCCAGUGGACUAAAACUGGCAUUAGGUGAUUUGUUCACUUUAACUAAUGUUGAUAUGAUACCCCAAUCAAGUGAAGAAAAUGGGAAAAGGAGAUUUAUGAUGACACCAACAACACUACUUCAGGCUUCUG